AUGCCAACCCGCUCUCUGACACGCCCACCACCGACCCUGAGCUUAUACGCAGGUUCCCCACCUACUGUCGCCCCAACGUGUGGCCCACCCAAGACCUCCCGGAGCUGGAACCAGGUGAGCUGGCGCCCAGCCACGUCAUCUUCUCCUUCCCUUGUCACUCUGACUCGUUGGAGUCACAUCACAUCACAUCAUGACACUGAACUGAAUCUCGUUCUCGCGCCUCCCUGCUGUGCUGUGCGCGUGUCAGCCUUCAAGGCGCUGGCACGGAUGAUAGUGGUUGUGGGCAAGCAGCUGCUGCAACACUGUGAUACCUAUGUCCACAGCAGGAACCCUCAGGUGCCCCCAGGCAAGCUGCAGCGAGUGGUGGAACAGUCCCCCUGCCACAAGGCCCGCCUGCUGCUCUACCUGCCACCGCAGCUGCCCCCACCCACACCGCUAGCAGCACAGGAAGCGCGAGAGGGAGAGGGAGUGGAAGAAUCGCCCGCAGAGAACAGCAGGACGUCACAGGAAGAGGAGGCAGUGGCAUGUGCACGCAAUGGGGGCGAUGGGGGCGCGUCUGCUUCUGAGAGUCUAACGGCUGUGGCAGAUGCGGAUGUGUCGUCGUGGUGUGGCUGGCACCUGGACCACGGCUCCCUCACAGGCCUGACGAGGGCACAGUUCUGGAGAGGUGGGGAAGCCAUGGAGGGCAGCGAGCUGGACCCCACGUGUGGCCUUUACAUCCGAACUAGGGACGGGCAGAUUGUGCAGGCGCACAUACCGGAGGGGUGCAUAGCGUUUCAAGUGGGGCACGCCAUGUCCAUCCAGUCAGGGGGGCUCCUAGCUGCCACGCCACACUGUGUUGCGGCACCCAAAGGGCCGGCAUCAGUAGGCAUUUCUCGUGCCACAUUAGCAGUGUUCAUGCAGGUCCGUACUGUUCAUGUGUGUCCGCACUUAUCAUGCAUAUGCAAUGCCUAA